AUGACAGCUCCACUUGCAUCCAACACCGCACGAAGAUGGGAAGCGCAACUGCUGCUGGGUCUUGAUGCGGUGCUUAGAUGGGAAGCGCAACUGCUGCUGGGUCUUGAUGCGAUGGGAAGCGCAACUGCUGCUGGGUCUUGA